CGGGAAAUGGAGAGAGGUUGAGAAGGAAACGGGAAAGAGACGGGAGGGAGAAGGUGAAGGCAAGAGGACAUGACAUCAAGUUUUUAUUAUCUGGAAAAUGUCGUUAUAGCGUCUCUCUAUCUCUGUGCCUGUGCUACUCUGAGACUGUGAGUCCAGAAGAAUUUCUAUUGGGCCAUAACUAGGGCCAUUAAUGGGCUUAACAUAAGGGCUCGCCGAUUAUUGCUCCGCUCUAUUCAAUGCACGCUGGUAUAUAACAGAGUGAGAAUGUGCGAGUGAGAGAGUAGAGAGAAAUAGAGAGAGAGAGAGAGGGAGGAAUUCAAAACUCAAGAGGAAAUCAUAUCAUCCCGCCAUUAGCAGAAACUCAGAGAAACCUUGAUUCGGAAGUAAAAAUUAGAAGAUGACGAAGUUUCCUUCUACGAUAGAGAGAACCGUUGCUUCUUCUCUUCUCCUCCUGUCCUAUGAACCGAUGUUCUUCUCGCCUACAAGGUCGGGAUCUGUAGAGGAAUCGAGCUAUGUGAGGAAGUGGUGUGACGAAGGAAGCUCGAACCUGAGCUUGAUGUUGGGGUCUACAGGAUCGAGAUCGUGCGUCUCCGCUCUGUCCAGCGACGGUUCGUUUGGGAAUGGUAACGAUCGCGGAUUCAAAAUUGAUUAUACUGGAAAUCAAUUUCAUCUCUUGGAUUUCAAGACAGCAAGAAAACGCCGUUCUCAGGUUAUAUGGGGAUCUUUCAAUAUUAAGCCAACACAGUUGAUGAUGGAUUCUGUGUGUGAUCUCUCCACAUGCUCCGUUGAUUCCAUCGAUGAGUCGUCAUGCUUGUCAACGGGCUCAAGUGAAGUUUCCAGCAUUGAGAGCAGACUCAAACUCAGAAAUCAGAAAAUUUACGAUAAGAUAAGAGUGGUAGAGAAGGAGAAGAAGAAAGAAAGUAGCAGGUCGAUAUCUAUACGCCGUAGAGCAAAAGAGAUCUUGGAGUUACUUUCCUCAGCCUCUUCUUCUGAAGUUCAGAUCCGUCAGAUUCUUGGCGACACCCCCGACACCAGCAAAGCUCUCAGGAUGUUGUUGAAGAUGGAGGAAGUGAAGAGGGUUGGCACAGGAGGAAGACUUAAUCCCUAUAUUUACAAGAUUGCAUGAAAAUUUAAGACAUUGCUGGGAGCAGGUAUGAGGUAUAUCCCUUUGCAACUUUAUGGUUAAACACAAUAUAUGUUGUCCUGAUAUGGACUAGGGAAAUGAAAACUAUAUAUAUAUAUAUAUGGUCUACAACGCUAGAAUUAUAAGAAGUGGUUCUGUUACAUUACAUACACAUAAAAAACUAUAAAAUUUAGAGCCAAGAGAGUUAAGACAUCAUGUUUGUUUUUGUGUGAAUCUCGGACUUGGUUUCCCUUGUGAGCUGAAAAUGGG